UGGGUCUACUUUUAUUUGUUAUUAUCUCUACAUACAGUACAGUAUGAGCAUUCUGAAGCUGAUGUGUUUAGAAGUUUCACCAGGAGGUGUCCUCAGACUUCCAGCAGCUCAGUGCGCAGAGGAAGCACUAAAGCAUAAAACAGGAGUGAAUACUGUUCAAAAUAAAAGCCUCUUUCACCCUACCGGUGAUGCAUUACGGAGAUGUUGAGAGAUCAGAACAGGAGAUGCUUUUAUUUUUGAUGCAACCGGAAGUUUUAUUUUGUAUUUUUCUGCAGGAGCUUGAUGCAUCUUUUCAUGGCAACAUUUAGAGGCGUCACACACCAUCACGUGUGUGUGUGUGUGUGUGUGUGUGUGUGUGUGUGUGUGUGUGUGUGUGUGUGUGUGUGUGUGUGUGUGUGUGUGUGCGUGUGUGUGUGUGUGUGUGUGUGUGUGUGUGUGUGUGCGUGCUAUUACAUCUACGCACUUGGGUGUACACAGACAGAUGCAGAGACAUGAAAUGACAUUUGGUCACGCGUAAUUUACGCAUUUUGGAAAGCGUUACGCACGGUGAAUGCACCGCCGUGAGAGUGAUGAUUUGACUGUUUUCUGGACGCCCUGGUGCUGUUGGAGUGAGUCCAGUCCAGGGAUGCUGCAGGAUGUCUGGCUGCCGGAGUGCCUCCGUGCAAUGAGAGGCUGCACCCUCCACAUCUGCUGAACAGGAGAGGCGCGGAUCAGGCGUCUAUGGAUCACUCCUCCUGGGACAUUUAAGCAUCUCCUUGCUGGGACUGUGUUGAGUGCAUACUGCUCCUCCUGCAGGGUGCUGUUGGAGUGAGUCCAUGCAGGGAUGCUGCAGGAUGUCUGGCUGCAGGAGUGCCUCCGUGCAAUGAGAGGCUGCACCCUCCACAUCUGCUGAACAGGAGAGGCGCGGAUCAGGCGUCUAUGGAUCCCUCCUGGAAGAUUUAAGCAUCUCCUUGCUGUGCAUACUGCUCCUCCUGCACGGUGCUGCAACAUGGGGAACAGUUUUUCCAAUUUGGGUGCCUUCCAGUCCUUGCACAUAGUCAUGCUCGGCUUGGACUCUGCAGGCAAAACCACCGUGCUGUACCGGCUGAAAUUCAACGAGUUCGUCAACACGGUGCCCACCAUCGGCUUCAACACGGAGAAGAUCCGGCUCGGCGGUGCAGGGGCCUCCAGGGGCAUCAGCUGCCACUUCUGGGACGUCGGUGGCCAGGAGAAACUGAGGCCACUGUGGAAGCCAUACAGCCGCUGCACGGACGGCAUCGUGUACGUGGUGGACUCCGUGGACGCAGAGAGGCUGGAGGAGGCCAGGACCGAGCUGCACAAGAUCACCAGGUUCUCGGAGAACCAGGGGACUCCUCUGCUGGUCAUCGCCAACAAGCAGGACCUGCCCAGGGCGCUGGAUGUCGGGGAGAUAGAGAGGCAGCUGGCUCUGGCUGAGCUGAGCCCCUCCACACAGUACCACGUCCAGCCAGCCUGUGCCAUCAUAGGAGAGGGGCUGGAUGAGGGCAUGGACAAGCUGUAUGAGAUGAUAGUGAAGAGGAGGAAGUCACUGAAGCAGAAGAAGAAGAGGCAGUGAUGGCAGAUGUUCCUUACUAGAGAAAUAUAGAACUUUGCAUAGCAGAUAAAAGUAUGAAUAUUAUUAUCACCACUGAAACAUUGCAAGUCUCCAUAGAAAUAUAUUUAUAGUGAUGCUACAUGAGCUACAGUAUAUUGUCACUCUAAACUCAAUAGGAUAUAUGAAUGUUAUAGAGGGACACAAUGAAGGCAAAGCUGUCUGAUCUCCCAUUUACCAACAUUUUAAUAUGCAAAGAACAGCUAGACAAAUAUAAAUAUGAAUGACAUAAACUCACAAAACAAUCAUAAUCUCAAAUUUCUGGGAAAAUAUAUUGAUACUUUGCCUUGUUCAACUGUUUUAAGCCUCUUGACAGGCAGAUUGUGUCCCUGUGGGUGAGUUCCUGAUGUAGGAAUAUGAAUAGGACAGUUUCAUUAGGGAUGCCAAGCAGAGAUGUUUUGUACGGAUCUACUGGCAGAGCGCCCUGUGCCUGCUGUGUUGUGCUGUGCACAGAUGUGAGACUGUUGUAAAUGUGGUUAGGGAUGCACUGAUGCUGUGAGAUGGUGUUACACCAAAGAUGAUUCCCCUGAGACUCUCUAUCUCUUCCAUCCUCCAUUGUUUUGUUAUUUACAACCCUCCCAGCCACGCUGAGGUGGAAAUGUGUUUAAGAUAAGGCCGAGACUACAACCGUGACUCUUUGUCGAGGUUCUGGAGGGUGCUUAGUCUAAAUAGUCAAGUUAACUCAUAAGGUCACUGAAGUCUCAACAUUAUAGGAAUAUUUUUUUCAGAAUCUAACUUUUGCAGCAUUGUGGCUCAACAAAGCAGAUUGUUCACAGGGAUAAAAAAAAGGGCUCGAUGUUCGUUGCUCACAGGUUCUUAAGCUACAUUUUUGGAAGAUCUUACUGUAUAUGUUGCAUUUGAUGCAAUUAUGUGUGGCAUUGAUAUCAAGGAAACAAGCAAUUUUAGAAAGACAUUUGCAAUGGUUCAAGAUUCUGAAAUUAACCCCCAUUGUGCACUUUGCCCAUGAGAAACAUCCAGUGAUCAUAUCUCCUCCAGAAGCCAUAUAGGAGUUGCUGAGCUCUGUGAACAGCUGAUUUUGUGUCUACAGAGCUCAAUCAAUGCCUGUCUGUCUGAUUUUAACUGUUCACCUUGGAUCUACAACAAGCUUUUUCAACUUUACAUGUACAUGUAGCACUCUGUUUUUAGCCUGGGUGCAGCGUCACCACGUUUCUUCCAAGAAAAGUAACAACUAGUUGCUAAAUAAGUCACCAGUGGAUACCAUGUGUUAGUUUAUAGCUGCAUAAACUGUAUUUGCUGCAGCCAAUUAGAGCUCACAAGUCUCCAGCUGCAGUCAUUUGCUGGUCUCGUCUUUUAGAUAUGGGGAUAUCGAAACACAGAUAAUGUUAGCUGUCUAUAUUAUCCGUGCACCAGAUUCCCAUUGGACCUUCAUGAUGGAGGUGUAAAGAUUAGUGACAUGGCUGCAAAGUUUCAUACACAUUCUCUCAUUAGCAGUGUUCAAAAUAAUUCUUUGUUGAAAUGACAGUGCCAUUUUAUAGUUGCAUCUCAUAAUAGGCUACCAAGCAAAUGAACGUCAAGUGGUGCAAACCACCAUCAUGCACUGCACAUGACUUGAAAAGUGUUUCCCCCGACAACUUACAAGAAAACACUAUGUAGUCGUGAUUUUGGGCCCAAGACUCUCUGGACAACUUCUGAUUAAUCCCUAAUAAAUAGUUUUGGUAUCAGCGUUAUUAGUGUGGACCUGCUGGCAGUGACGAGGAACAAAGUGUCUUCCUGUAACCAUGAUGUGGUAAAACAAACGGGCUGGAACCUGUUCUGCUGCUCCUCAAAAUGAAAGUUGUACGUGUAGUUGAAUGACGAUGAACCAAAAUGUGCUGUGUGGGAGAGUUUUUUUAAUCAGAUUAGUGCCCCUAAGUACCAGUCAAUCCCCAACCCUGACAAUGUUAACACAGUGUUAACACCCACAUGAUUGACAGCUUGCAGAAUAGUUUGUAAAAAGUCGCAGAAAUUAGCAUUUUGUCUUAACUAAGAGGACUGUUGAAUGUCUCACAUGGACUGUUGUCUCAUGCCGCGUUCACGUCAAAACAGAAGAAGAAAGAGGGUGGAAUUUUAUUGCUGCAGCUCGAUGUCCACGAAAUAAUAAAACUUUAUGGAUUUAAAAUGAUAAAUUGCAGCAUGUUCCUCUUUUUUAAAGUAGAGUUGUGUAUUGAGGUUAAUUUGGUCAUCAUUUAAUAUCAUGGAAUGCUACAAAAACGCCCAUAAUGCCAUACAUAUAAUAACCACAAAGGGGCAGACAUGAAUGUUUAUUUCGCCGUUGGAAUAUUAUAUUUGCAACAUAAAUCCGACGUGAACGUGGCAUCCUCUUCCUGCAGUAAUCAGUGGAGCUGUGUUCAACAUUGCAUGACAGCCACUACUUCAGACAGUGUAAAUUAUAGUGUUACAGCCAAGAUGCAGCAACACCAAACAAUGUGUUACAUGCCAAAAUGGGAAACAAAGUAUUUUUGGGAUUAAACUCUUUGUAAUUGAA